AUGUCCGAAAAUGGUCUUGAAGGGAAUAUUAUUUCAGUCCCUCUAAUACUCGAGGAUCAUGCGUCACACACGGUAAUAAAAGCUACCUCUCUUUAUAUGCAUUCGUAUUUCAAGCCCGCAACUAGCGAAAUCUGGAUAACUGGAAUGUGCCAAGAGGGUUGUUUCCACGCUUCAAUUGACAAAUCUACGAUUGAAGAAACUAUCAACAAAGACUUUACGUAUUCACAGUGGAUGGAGAUUAUCCAGCUGCAUUUUUGUGGGGCAGAAGACAAAAUCGGGUCACUUACUCUUAGCGCAAGAUACGAAACUCUGAAAGAUUACUACGAUGAAAAAUUGGAACUUCGUGACGAUGAAGAAAUGCCAGUCAUUUCAGAAACUGUGGUGUUGCUGUUCAAGACUCUGGAAACUUUGGCAAAAACUAAGGCAAAAUUUUUGUUAUCAAUGGUGGAUUCUGUGGAAGAUGUUUUAAUUCAAAAAGAGCAGAAUUUGUUCAAUUGGAUCGAAAAGGUGUUGCAGGACAACACUGCCCUCAAGAGUAAGCUAGCGGCGGCCACUGAAAAGAUGGAAACAUUUUCAACAAUUAGCAAAAAUCAGCAAGAAGAGCUCGAGAACUCACACAAAGAACACAAGCAAAUCAUACAAGAUAUUCAAGAAAAACUCUAUGCGGUACUCAAUGCAAAAAAGGCUCGUAUAUGGCAGCUUGAAGGCAAGCAUUCGGAGCGACUUGACUAUUUAAACGAAAUAUUUGAGGCUAAACGUGCACAAGAUUUGAAUAAUAGACGCAUUGAUGUUGAUAAUAUUCCCACAACUUUGGAUAGUAUCUACGUUCGGGAACGAAAGCGAAAAGGAAAAACGAAAGAGGUUGCAAAUAAAAAAAUAAAAAAGGAAAAUGAAGACGAAGAAAAAAUACCCCCACAAACUGACGAAAAUGAGAGCACCGAGACCGACCUGGAACCUCAAAAAAGGACAAGGUCGCGACGUAGAGAAUUGGGCACUGUCACCUCACCCAAAGAUCAUGAAAUUGAUCUGGAAAGUGAUUUCGAAAAGACUGAGAACUCGGACACAGAAAGCGAAGCCAAAGAGUCUACAGAUAACGGCUCGGACUAG